AUGAGUCGACCUACAUCUCAGGCGAAUAUUAGACCCCAUACUUCUGCAGGUUUUAGUUCUUCUUCCGGACUUAAAGUUAAAAUAUACAAGCUAUCUCAGCCCAAAGUAUUUGUUCGACCCAAACCUUCCAAGACAUCGAACGACGAGGGAUGGAUAAGGGAGAUAGUCCGGGAGACCGUAGCAACUCAUAGUACAAAUGACUUCGAUCCCGUUAUCAUCAAACAAGGUUGCGUUUAUCAAGAAUUGCUCGCUCCUGCAGUUAAUGCUAUCCUGUCCAUAUCCAAUCCCUCAGAAGCAUCUUUCAGCGCUGCCUCGCAAAAGACCCCUGCACUUAGUGUGGCUGAAAGAGAUGUUACUAUCGCUCUUUAUGGAAAGUCAGGUUCCGGUAAAACCUACACUCUGAAUGGGCUCUUGGAUGAAUACUGCGACAACCUGCUUAUCCCAUCUAACGCAAGCAAUGCAUCCCAGUCUAGGACGUUUUCAAUUCACCUAAGCGUUUUUGAAUUUGAGGAGCAAACCGUUUACGACAUUACCGCUACUGCCAGUGGCGGUGAACGUUCUUCGCUAAGCGUUCAAGGUAGUUCGUCAACAGGUUAUAGAUUCAGCCCCAAGUUUUAUGAAAUAGCUCCAGGACCUGAUCAACUAGCAAAGAUAAAAAAUAUUAGAAAUCGGAUCGAGAAGGGAAGAAAGGUAGCUGCAACUGGGAAUAAUACGAAAAGUUCACGGGUUCAUACAUGCUUUCGACUUACAGUACACGAAGCUGUACAAAUGAUCGCAUCCUUAGAAAUCUUUGAUCUAGCAGGUCAAGAAUCCACAGCAGCUGGCUCAGCUGUAAGCACUACUGCCGAAGAGAAGCGAAGAAGAGGACAGGAGACUGGGGCGAUUAACGAAAGUCUUUAUCAUUUUCAAAAGCUGAUUCGUGAUCUAGGAAAUGGCGGAUGGAAGACUUCUUGUUCACUUACUGCCUUAAACAAAGUCUUUCUCAAUCGAGUGAAGAUGCCACAUACCGUUCAAUUUGUUUGUACUGUUACCGAUGAGGAUAUUGUGGCUGCCCAAAAAACACUACAAUUCGCAAAGGAAAUGUUUGAAAUUGGUAAAGGCACGAUGGAGCAAACUAUGAUUCCAGAAAGCUUGAUUACACGACCUUUGAGUGCGCUGUCCAACUCGAAUAUCAUUUCGGAUGGUAAAUCGAGUAGAGUGCAAGCUGCUGGGAAAGCAAGAAGUGCUCUGAAGGAGCAGAACAAAACCAUUCUAGCCGGUACUGAUAGACUGAUAGCGGCUAGAGAUCAAGCAAUAACCGAUAGGGAUAUCGCUAUUGCUGCCAGGGACAGAUAUCUAGUUGAAAGAGAUCAAGCAUUCGCCGAAAGAGAUCAAGCGGUAGCGGAAAAGAAUCACGCUGCUGCCACGCUGAGGCAGGAGAUGUUUGUGAAAGAUAGAGAGAUUGCUUCUGGCAAAUGCGAGAUCGAGCUCGUAACGGAAGAACUCAAUAUUGCUAUGAGAAAGCUUGGUAAGGCUGUUGACACAAUGACUCAAGAUAAAAAUCGAUUCUUCGGCAUAUCCUCCUCUGCUUCAACAGAUGGAAUCACUUCAUCUGAACGUAUUGAGAUAGAAGAGUCUGCGAAUGGCGGUGAAACUGGUGUAAGCUUUGAUCGCAACAAUCGCAAACGUUCUCGAACAUAG